AUGCCAAAGAAGAGAGCUUCCAACGGUAGAAACAAGAAGGGUAGAGGUCAUGUCAAGCCAGUCAGAUGUUUGAACUGUGCUAGAUGUGUUCCUAAGGAUAAGGCCAUCAAGAGAGUCACCAUCAGAAACAUGGUUGAAGCUGCUGCUGUCAGAGAUUUGUCUGAAGCCUCUGUCUACCCUGAAUACGCUUUGCCAAAGUUGUACAACAAGUUGCACUACUGUGUCUCCUGUGCUAUCCACGGUAGAAUUGUCAGAGUCAGAUCUAGAGAAAACAGAAGAAUCAGAACUCCCCCUCAACGUAAGAGAUUCUCUUCUGACAGAAAGGUUUCUCCAGCUGAUGCUGCUAAGAAGGCCACUGCCUAA